AAGAGGGGGCAAAAAAGAGAAAAGAAGAAGAAGAAAAAGGGGAGGAGAAGAAGAAAAAGAGCAAAAGACGAGAAGGAAGCAUCGAUCGUUGGCUGGGAGGAAAAGCGGGCGGAGAGACCGGCAAGCCCCCCCGAGCGAGGAAGGCGUCCGCGGGAGAGAGAAAGAGACAGCAAACUUGCCGCUAUCUUGUCACUGGAAAAUGACACUUGAUGUAGCCAAGGGCGCCGCCGCCGCCGCCGCCGCCAAAGCCGCCUCCUCCUCCCCAGUUGAUCCCAUUGUUUCUUAAACUGCCUUCUUCAACCGGCGAUCCAAAAGAAGGGGGACUUCAGUGCCGCGGGGACCGCCACUUCGUCCCCCCCCCCGGCUUCUUCGGGAGAGCCCCGCAGGCCAAGAAGCGAGCAUUCUCCUUUUUGUAUUUUUUUUAAAAUAGAAAGGGCGAAAGGCAGAAGGAGAAAGGCCACCCCGUCACACCCGCAACACACCCUCGGAGAGAACGAGCGCCUCCGGCAGUCGAGAGCAUCAAGCCGCCCACCCGCCCACCUUGAGGGGGGGUGAUUUUUGUUUGUGGUUCUCCGUUGGAUUCCGCGUUCCCCCCCCCGCGCGCGCUUCUUCUCUUUCCGCGUUCAGUGUCUGUGUUUCAUUUGCCUUGAUACCAGCUGCCGCUGGAGAGAAGGAAAGAAUUUUAAAAGAAAGAAAGCAAGAACUCUCCGGCGAUUUUUUUUCCUCCUCUGUCAUCAACAUUACUCUUUGUUGUUGUGUUUUGUGUCGUGGUUGUCGGUUUUUGUUUUGAGGUUUUCUUUUUAAUUUUUUUUCUUUUUUUAUUUCUUUUUUUUUGCUGCCCCCACUUUGUUUUUUCAAGAAGAGCGGGUUUUGGUCGCUUUUAAUUCAUGUUUGGGAUUCAGGAAAGCAUUCAGAGGAGUGGGAGCAGCAUGAAGGAAGAGCCCCUGGGCGCGGGGAUGAACGCGGUCAGGACCUGGAUGCAGGGAGCCGGCGUUCUGGAUGCAAACACAGCCGCGCAGAGCGGGGUGGGCCUGGCCCGGGCUCAUUUCGAGAAGCAGCCGCCUUCCAACUUGAGGAAAUCCAACUUCUUCCACUUCGUGCUGGCUCUGUACGACCGGCAGGGGCAGCCGGUGGAGAUCGAGCGCACCGCCUUCGUGGGCUUCGUGGAGAAGGAGAAAGAAGCCAACAGCGAAAAGACCAACAACGGGAUCCAUUACCGGCUGCAGCUCCUCUACAGCAAUGGGAUCAGAACCGAGCAGGAUUUUUACGUCCGCUUAAUCGACUCGAUGACGAAACAAGCGAUAGUAUAUGAAGGCCAAGACAAGAACCCAGAAAUGUGCAGAGUUCUGCUCACCCAUGAAAUCAUGUGCAGCCGCUGUUGUGACAAGAAAAGCUGCGGCAACAGAAAUGAGACUCCUUCGGAUCCAGUGAUAAUUGACAGGUUCUUCUUGAAAUUUUUUCUUAAAUGUAACCAGAACUGCCUAAAAAAUGCAGGAAACCCUCGAGACAUGCGGAGAUUUCAGGUUGUGGUAUCUACAACAGUCAAUGUGGACGGCCAUGUCUUGGCAGUGUCGGAUAACAUGUUUGUACACAACAACUCCAAACAUGGGCGGCGAGCUCGAAGGCUCGAUCCUUCGGAAGGUACGCCUUCUUAUCUGGAACAUGCAGCUACACCAUGUAUCAAAGCCAUCAGUCCAAGUGAAGGAUGGACUACAGGAGGUGCCACUGUCAUCAUCAUAGGAGACAAUUUCUUUGAUGGGUUACAGGUCAUAUUCGGCACCAUGCUGGUCUGGAGUGAGCUUAUUACGCCUCAUGCAAUCAGAGUUCAGACACCGCCCCGACAUAUCCCUGGUGUGGUUGAAGUUACAUUGUCCUACAAAUCUAAGCAGUUCUGUAAGGGUACACCCGGAAGAUUCAUCUAUACGGCUCUGAAUGAACCCACCAUUGACUAUGGUUUCCAAAGGUUACAGAAAGUCAUCCCGCGACACCCUGGCGACCCUGAGCGCUUGCCAAAGGAAGUAAUACUCAAGAGAGCAGCUGAUCUGGUGGAAGCACUCUAUGGUAUGCCACAUAACAACCAGGAAAUAAUACUGAAAAGAGCGGCUGAUAUUGCAGAAGCACUCUACAGCGUCCCUCGCAAUCACAACCAACUCCCAGCACUCACCAACACAUCAGUCCAUGCAGGAAUGAUGGGCGUGAAUUCCUUUAGUGGUCAGCUAGCAGUCAAUGUCUCAGAAGCCUCACAGGGCACCAAUCAGGGUUUUACUCGCAAUUCAAGCAGUGUGUCACCUCAUGGUUAUGUGCCAAGCACUACCCCACAGCAGACAAACUACAACUCCGUCACGACCAGCAUGAAUGGCUAUGGAAAUGCUGGAAUGUCUAAUCUAGGAGGAUCGCCAACGUUCUUGAAUGGGUCUGCUGCCAACUCUCCCUAUGCCAUAGUGCCAUCAAGCCCAACCAUGGCCUCUUCCACGAGUCUCCCCUCUAACUGUAGCAGCUCCUCUGGGAUCUUCUCCUUCUCACCAGCCAACAUGGUCUCAGCGGUGAAGCAGAAGAGUGCUUUUGCCCCAGUUGUUAGACCGCAGACUUCCCCUCCCCCCACGUGUACCAGCACCAAUGGGAAUAGCCUGCAAGACCAGUCUUUUGUGGACUCUAGCAAGUACUCCACUGCAGGGUCACUCCAGGGUCUGGCCUUCUCCUGAACUAUAUCUGGUAUGAUAGUUCCCCCCAUGUGAAAGAAUUGCCUUGAAGAAGCAAACUAAUAGAGAAGUUGGAUUCUGCUUCAGAACAACGUUCGACACAAGUCCCAGCGUGGAACUUUUAACUCAGGCCUUUUUUUUAAUAAAAAAGGGGUAAAAGGAAGAAUCUCACAAUAACUGCAAAGUUUUAAACAAAGUCAAAGAAAAUCAAUGUACCGUCCUUUCAAAAUAAUACUGAAAUUCACCUGGAGCCUGCAAGUACAAGAUGUUAAUUUGAGCUGUCCAUCCUGAGGAGCAAGAUUUACAGGAUGCCAUGAAGAAAAUCCAGUUAUGUCCUUUUUUUGGUUUCAGUCUGACUCAGUUGCCAUUUUGUCUUUUACAAAUAGUAAUAGGAUGACAAGCACCAUUGCUGAGCCCCACCUUGAGAUUUUUAAAAGAAACCGUAAUGAAGGGAGGUUAAGUGGCAGCGCUUAAGAAUGAAUUUCUAUGGAACAGAUGUUAGAAGUGCCAGUUAGAGGGUUGUUAUUUUCCCUUAGAACAGUAAUGGCUGUUCCAGUUCAGGGUUGGCUCAUAUGUGUAACUUAUCCUCUGACAGUUCACUCUUCAAAUGUUUUACAUGUUAGGGAAAGGUGUGUCUGUGUGCGUGUGCAAGAACACACAGGGGCACAUAUAGAUUACUCAUUAAGACUCUGGUGUAGAAGCAGUGAGAAUUUUUUU